AUGUCAGACCUCCGCCAAAGACCCAUCGUCUCCGCGAAAACCACCACACCAAAGCAAAGGUCCUUCUCCUCUCGCCGUGACAACGAAGAACCCGGACGCGGAACCGGAAUCAGCAUCCCAGACAUCAUCCGUGUCCUGGUGACGGUGGUGAUCGUAUCCUGCGGUCUAUCAUACUACACCACAUCAUCGGAAUCGUUGCUAUGGGGGUACCGACCUUGGUUCACAAAGUGGCCUGAAGUCAUACGAUACAUUCAAGGCCCCGUAAUCCUCACCCCAGACCAACUCGCCUUACACGACGGCACUGAUCCCAGCUUACCGAUUUACCUGGCCAUCAACGGAACCAUCUUUGACGUCUCCGCGAACCCGCACACCUACGGCCCAGGCGGCGGAUACCAUUUCUUCACGGGGCGCGACGCCACGCGAGCCUUCGUCACGGGGUGUUUCCAGGAAGACCUGACGGAUGAUCUGACGGGCGUGGAGGAGAUGUUCGUCCCGCUGGAUGACCCCGACGAGUACCGGGCUCUCACCAGCGGGCAGAAAAAGAUCCGUCGCGAGCAGGAUCUGCGAUUGGCCAAGGCGAAGGUGCUGAAGCAGGUGGCGCACUGGGAGAAUUUCUUCCGGAACCAUAAGAAGUAUUUUGAGGUUGGGAAGGUGAAGGUGGAGAAGACGCAGAUCAAGGGGGAGGAGAAGAGGGAGCUUUGUGAGGCUGCGCAGAAGCAGAGACCUAAGAGGAAUGAAUGA